UGAAGCUUUCUCAAGGAUGAAGCAGGAGAAGGGUGAAUCGUCAGUUGCCUUCCAUGCACGGCUAAUGGGCAAAGUAAGAUCGUGCAACUACAGCGCACAUGACGAGGAUAGGUUUGUACGAGCUCAACUGCUGUCAGGCCUCAGAAAUCGAGAGCUGGUGAAACAGUCAAGGACAUAUGGCUACGACACAAACUUCAUCGUCAAGUCGGCGACACGGAAUGAAGCAUUCGAGUCGGAGAAUGGGCAUUUGGACGAAUGUAGUGUAUUACAGAUAAGAAACGGCCGGACCCGAGAAUCUAAAGGAGGAUGGAAUCGUAAGCGCCCAGGUGCAGAAGAAAGACCAGCUGGACCACAAGCAAAACAGCAGCGAAAUGCCGAGUUCAACCGACGUACACAAGCACGUCGCACGCGCUGCAUUAGAUGCUCCCUAUUCAACCACAGAAACGGACAAUGCCCAGCGACAAACCGCAACUGCAAUGAGUGUGGCAAACGUGGUCACUUUGCAGCAGUCUGUCGCCAGAAACAAAUCAACGUCAUGCAAACCACACAACACUUCAACCGAUUGGAUCGGCUCGAAGACCCAGACGACGAUGUACAGGACAACAAACAGCUCGUCAAUGCUCUUAAACUUGAGGAUGCAAUCGUAGCUUGCUCCAUCGGAUCAUCGACCCCCAUACGCUUCCUUAUCGACUCGGGAGCAGAUGUAAACGUCAUCGGAGGUAUUGACUGGUCACGUUUGAAGCAAGAAGCACAAACGGGAGUUGCAAACCUGGAAAUCAUCUACGAGUCGGAAAAAUCUUUACAUGCCUACGCUUCUGAAAAACCAAUGGUCGUCGAGUGCACAAUCAAAGCCGAUAUUACAGCAGUGGGAGCUACCAACACUGGUACUCGUGCAAUCUUCCAUGUGGUACCGAAGGGAAAAAGGUCGCUACUCGGGCGGUCUACUGCAAGUGACAUUGGAAUGUUACGCAUAGGCCAUUUGAUCAACAACUGCGAGGCGCCACAAGCAACCCAACGUUUUCCGAAAAUGCCGGGAGUGAAGAUCAAGUUUAGUAUGGACCCAACUGUUCCUCCCACAAAAAGCGCGUAUUAUAAUGUCCCAGCAGCAUACAGACAUGAGAAGCGGGCGCAGGAGGACUCCCCGGCCGACGAUGGUAGGAAACCAGCAACAACCGGCGAUAUUCAUUUCCUCUUCGAUACUUCACGACGCCUGAUUGGAGCAAGGACAAAUCCGUGGAUGAUAGAUAAAGACGCGACUUGUCGGUCACUCAUCGAUCCAGCUGAUCAGCUGAAACGUUGGCUCGACAACUUACAUCAACUUCUUCAAGUUAUGACAACCUCUCCUCUCAGUUCUGGCAACCAUGCCAACAGCAAGUAA